CUUAAAAAAAACUCUUCACCGCCUAGGCUCGUCGCCGGUGUCGCGCCGCCGUGCCCGCCUGCCCCUGCAGAGCCUGCGUCGCCUCUGCCCCCGCAGGACCCGCGCUAACUGGCCGGCGCCUCUCCGCCGAGGAUCUGGCCUCAUCCGCCUCGCACACCCCACCCGCAUCGUUCGCCAACCGCUCCUCCUUCCGCCACCAUAUCAAUGUGACGGGAUAGGGCGGACGAGAGCAGGGCGCCGUGGUGCUUUGGCGGGCAUCUCCCGUCUCCGAGCCGCCGAACAGGAGAGAUCCCACCCGCGGCGCCGAAUCCAUUUUGCAGUGAGAGGUAUUGGUCCCCUUGAUCAUGGUGUUCAGCAGGGUGGAAGUGAACCUCAGAAGGCUGCUUCAGGAGGCUCCUCGGCAGCAGAAUCAGGCCAAGCUUGCCCAUUAUAUAUCCACAGCCAGGGAGCUAUUGGAGCAGCUUGGAGCAGAAAUUACAACUGAAGGAGUACCAAGGGGUUCAAAAGCUAAGCUCAGUGAGUAUUCAGAAAAGAUUGAAGCACUAGCUGCCACACUUGCUGCUUCAGUGACAGAAAAUGAAAAACCAGUUGAUGAGAUCAAAGAAGAAAGCUCUUGUGAAAGAGAAAAGGCUGAGAGUCCAAUAUCCUUGUCAGCAGGAUUGCGAAGGCGAUCAACGGCUCAGGUGGAAGCUGGUACAAGCAGUCGUGAUAGAACUAGAAGAGAAAGAGAUACUGGAGCGCCUAUUAAAUUGGAUGCAGAAGCUCAGGCUAACAUUGAGAAGCAUAGGGACCUGCAAGAUAGUCUGAUAGACGAAAUGGUUGACUUAGCACGUCAGCUGAAGGAAAGUAGCCUUGUAGUGAACCAAUCCGUGCAAGAUACAGUGAAGAUCCUUCAUUCCAAUGAGAGAGCCAUGGAACAUAGCUUGGCGAGCACCGGUAGCGCAACGGCGCGAGCCUCUGAGGUCUACUCGCUGGCCUCCAAGACAACCUGCUUCCAGUGGUUGCUCAUCUUUCUGAUGACCUGCAUGUUCGUCAUGGUGGUUAUGCUCAUACGGGUCACCUGAUGGUGCUCGCUGCGACCACUGAAAACACUGUCAUCAGUAGCCGUUAAGAUUGUACAAUCUUCUAAAUGAUCCUUCUGAACAUAAACAUGAACCAGUGUUCCGAAUGAGCAUUGCUUCUCACCGUCAUUGUGCAGUUCGCUGAAGAAAGAUGCAUCUGUGCACCCAGGUAACUGUCAAGUUUCAGGGAACUCUGAAUAUUGUGGC